CAUGUAGGCGUGGCUCCACGAAUCAGCUCGACAUCUCAUAGCUCUGUCAGCCCUAGUCUGGUCAGUUAGGUAUGUCAGGAGCUAAGUUUACACCCGUGCUGGUUCACUGGCAGAGAAACGAAGAAGGAGAUAAAGUGCAACUUCUGAAUUCUACAGACAAAGAUGCUGACGCUGACAGUCUAUCGUCUGACCAAGACCCUAAAAGAUCACAGCCUCGAUCACAGCACUCACGAGAUCAUGCCUUGUUUAAGACCCCGACCAUCGUCUACGUCAUCUCUUUCUUCUCGAUCAUCGGCGGGUUCCUCUUCGGCUACGACACGGGCGUGAUUGCAGGCGCACUGCUGGAAUUGGACGAGGAAUUCGGCCUGGACGCCACGCACAAAGAGCUUGUAGUCAGCGUCACGGUGGCUGCAGCGGCCCUGGGUGCGCUGGGCGGGGCCGGUCUCAACGAGAAGCUGGGCAGGAAGAGGUCCAUUAUGAUUGCUUCGGCCAUCUUCUUUGUUGGGGCGUUGAUAAUGGCAGGGGCUCCCCCAGCCGAUUGGGGUGGACCAUUGUACUUGCAGGCCGAUUUGUUGUUGGCCUUGGCAUAG